AUGGAACCAAGAUAAGAAUUGAUUUAGUUCAGUUUGCAUAACAGAUAGCAGGCGGUCUCUCAGAAUAAAAACUAUUCGCUAGAUGUUUCAAGAAACAUAGAAUAGACUCAGACUAUGAAUUCAUCUCAUCACUAGAAGGCAUUUUCUUUCAUAUCACAGAAACCUUCAAUGCCCAGCAAUCAUGAAUGGUAUAACAGAACCGAGGAGAAGUUUAAAAGUGAGUAUAGCAUGAUGAAAAACCAGCAGAAGUUCUUCAAUCGCAGACAUAGACUGGACAAGGCGAUGGCAUCUAAUGGUAAAAUGACUUCCAUGCGGGGAGCACUUUCUUAGACUACAGAGUUGUCACCUUACCCUGGAAGUCUAGGAGCAGGCAGACAGUACAUUGGAUCAGAACUUUCUCCUAGAAGUUAGAGGCGGUAAGGGGACAUAAAGAAGAUCCUGAAUAAUUACUUGCGAAUAAAAAUAAAUAAAAUACAUGAAUCAGAUGAGGACGACUUGCUGACUAGAGCGAUCAAUGAGGUAGAGGAAAAGUAUUAGUAGAUAUCAGCCAAGAAAUCUCCGAUUAUAAGGACUUAAGAAACAUAGCUUAUGCCUUCCUAAACAUCUAAAAAUGAUUUUAUAGAUUCAAUAUCAAAGUCAAAAGAAGGAACAAGAAACAAUGAGAUAUUACGUGAAGAUCAAAUCAUCAUAAACAAGAGCUAAGAUUCUCGGUAUAAAAAGCAUAAAUCAUUCUAGCAUCAGCAGAAGUUGCUGAUCUAUAAAAGAUAAUUCUUCAAUGACCGUAAGUCUCAGAUCUAAAAAGAGCUACUGAGUUCGACUCUGCCUUCGCUUACUAUAAAAAAAUAGGAGACCUUCUACAAAUCUAAGCAACCAACUAAUUCUCCAGAGGCAGCCAAAUAUGUAGAUAGAAAUGCGUAGAAGGACACUAUCAAUACUAGUAUACAGAUGUCUCACAGGCAGGAUGAUAGUCGUUUGGAAUAUCACAACCAAACUCCCUUGAACAUAGAGACCACUACUUUAAAACUUAGAGGAAGAAGCAUAUAGAAGGAUUAUAGUCUUGGCAAGGACCUUAAUUUGAACUAAGAUAUUAAGGAGGAAUAGAUUAAGACUGAGCUGUCAACUCAAAGAGCGAGAGUAAAAACCACGGCUAAUGCCAACUAGAGGAGUGGCAAGAAGGUCUUAAAUAACUUGAACUAAGAUAUUAAUCCAGUCAUCAAGAGGUCUUAGAAGCAGCAACUAUACAAGAGUGAAUUGGGUGAGUAUUUAGAUACUAAGACCUAUAAGAGUCGUAACUACGAGAAGCAGAGUAAUUUCUCGCCAAAUCAGGCAUCUUCAAGAAAUAACAAGCUUAGGGUAUCUAAGGAUAAAUCCAAUGAAAAUCUGCAUGAGACUAAGAGCACAGGGACAAAGGUGAAUGAGUCGACGAUGUCCAAUCCAAUUAAGCAGAAUUUUGAGGUUCAGAUAAAAACUCGCUAUAAAAAUCUUCAUCCAGAUAGAAACCAACAAGAAAGUAAGAAUGCUAAAAAGCUGGGUGUGUCAUGGGAGAAGCAUAGGUCAGGGGAGAGGAAUUAGAAUAGGAAUACACUUGGCUUGGAUAGUGCGCACAAACCAGUGAUGCUAUAGCAGUAUCAAUUCAUGCCUGACAGGUUUUUCUAGUCUACUGUGGUGGAGAAAGUGCCUAAGUUCAUGCUAAAGAAUAAAUACAACAAUUUAAAGAAGUUUGUGAAUAUACUACAGGAAUCAAACCCUGACUUAGCCAAAGAUAUAAAGAUCAGAAACGAUAUCACAUGA